AUGAAUUUAAGUGUUUUUCUAGUAUUUUGGAUUGUCAUUCCAUUAUCGUUUAUAAAAGCAACUUAUGCUGCACCUUUAGAUAUCAACUUUAAUGUGGCUGAAAGCAUAGAAAGUGUCUCGCAAACAAUAACAAACUCCUUAAGUGACUUUAUUAAAGAUAUGUACAAAAAUAACAAACAAGCUUUUUGGAUAGCUUCAGCAGCGACAUUUGUCUUAAUUAUAUUCGUAUGUUGUAAAAUGUUUAAGGAAAUUCUUCAACAUUCUUAUCGAAUAAAAUAUCUUGAAGAUCAUUGUUCUUAA